CAGUCUAACCCUUAGAACUUCAAUGAUGUCUCCAAGUCUAAUCACACACACACACACACACACACACACACACACACACACACACACACACACACACACACACACACACACACACACACACACACACACACACACACACACACACACACACACACACACACACACACACACCCUCCUCCUCUCAGCCUUCAGUGCGCCCCCAGAUCAGAAUGCCGCGUCAAAUCUACGCCAACACGGGAAAAAUCCAAUGUUUUCUGAACAGGAAUUGUGAUUUAAUUAGAAGACACGCGAGAACCUGAAGAAUUCGCGCCUUAAUGGAAGCCAGCAACAACCUCACUGGAGAGGCAGCGGAUGAAGAUGGAGUCGUGCGUUUUGCGCUCGUCAGAGUUGGAGUUCUGGGUUUGGUUUUUGUGCUCGCGACGUGCGGCAACUUUUUCUUCCUGGGCACCCUGUGGAAGAGGAGAAAGAGAAACACAAGGACCCACCUGUUCCUCCUGCAUCUGUGCCUGGCGGAUUUGGUGGUCGCCUUCUUCCAAGUUCUACCGCAGCUCUCCAUUGAGAUUACGCGCAGGUUCCGUGGCUCGGACUUCCUCUGCCGCACCGUCAAGUACCUGCAGGUGGUUGGGAUGUUUGCCUCCGCCUACAUGAUUGUGGCCAUGGCCAUAGACCGGUACCACGCAGUGUGCAUGCCCAUGGUUUCGUUCUUGGAAGGCUCGUGUAGGAGGUACAUCUCCAUAGGCGCAGCGUGGCUGAUCUCUCUCCUCUUCAGCUCUCCGCAGCUAUUCAUCUUCUCUCUCCGGGAGGUGGAGGUGAACCAGUACGACUGCUGGGCCACGUUCAUCGAGCCGUGGGGGAGCAGGAUCUACAUCAGUUGGAUCACUCUGGCAGUGUUUGCCUUGCCUGCUGUUAUCCUGCUCUUUUGCCAAAUGAGAAUAUGCACAACGAUCUACUUCAACAUGAAGACGAAGGCUCUGCAGUCAGGGCGCGCGGGCUCGAAGGGCAUCUCCAACGCCAUGCUCAAGACCCUGAAGAUGACUUUUGUGAUUAUAAUGGCAUACACUUUGUGCUGGAGCCCAUUCUUUGUUGUACAGUUGUGGUCAGCAUGGAGCCCCGGCAGUGCACCAACACAAGGUCCAGUUUUUUCAAUCAUCAUGCUGCUUGCCAGUCUCAACAGCUGCACCAACCCUUGGAUAUACCUGUACUACAGCUGAAGAGGAUGUGGACAUAACCAGAAAAGGACAAAUUGUCUACAAAGCCCCUAAAUUUUGUUUAUAAACAAAACUUUUUACCUUGAAGUCAGUGGUGAUAUGGGGUGCCGAAUGUAAAGCAAUGGAUUAAAAACUUGGUAGAUAUUUUACACACAAUUUCAAAUAGUAAUGUUAAAUUUAAAUAUUUAGAAACAAAUUUAGGUUAACCAAAUAUAAAUAUUUGAAGUUAAAUUUAAAAUUAAAUGUGUAUCCCCUUCAUCUACAUGUUUAAAUUAAACAAAACUAUAAAUUCAUAUUUAACUUUAAACUUAGACCUAAAUGUGUGUUGCUAAAUCUAAAUAUUGAAAUUUUUGUUUAGAUGUGAUGAUUUUAAACCAAAUAUUUCUUAAAAGGGAAGUAGCCUAUCAAAAUAAAAGCAUGGUGAGAUUAUGAGAGCCAGUUUAAAAAUGGAACAUUUAUCAGUGUGCAUGAAAAGGAGGGAAGAUUUUAAAGUAUUACCUUAAAAUGUUGAUUAGUUUGAUAACAUUCAACAUUUUAACACCAAAAUUAUUUUUCACAUUCAGCUUCUCCUAACAAUAAAAUUGGGGUUUGUAUUUUUAAUAUUAAUUUUCCAGCAGGAUUAUACAUUAAAAUGUUAAUAUUCUUGAUGUAUAUAUAUAAAAAACAAUAAAUGUAAAAAUAGAAAUUUUUUACACAAAUCUAAAUUUAUAAAGUUAAAUCUAAAUAUUUACCAUCCUAAUUUGGCUGCUUUGGGAAAAAAAUCAGAAGUGCAACACAGAACAGUGUUUUUAAAAGAAAGCGUUACAAUCUUUAUAACGUAGUUAAUAUAUGGAUUUUAUUGCUGGUUAAAGGAGCAAUAUGUAAGAAAUUUACAGUGAAUGCAUCACAAAGCAGUCUAACGUCUCAUUCAUGUUGGAAGGAAGGUUACGUUGAAAAAGAUUUCAUUCUCAGCUGGCUGGACAGUUGUCAGUUUUUCUCCAUACUUUUUUUUUUGAAAGAAGUGUCAGUGAACUUGUGAGGUUUCCGUGUCUCCGGAGAGCUAACGCUGCAGUGCAAGCAUUUGUAAUUCAACAUCAGCAUGCAAUAAGCUCCAGAGCAACAAGAGUGACCCAGAAGUCAUUUCUUGUACCCCCAAGAAGCCAUGGCAUCUUUUUGUUUUAUUCAAAUACUGGGUGAAGAAGGUUAGAGGCUAAUGUUGAGCUAACAAUGCUAAUGGUGAAUUAAAAGCAAUUAGUCGGAUCUAACAUCAUCUCAAGCUACUUUCAGAAUCACCAACAACUCAAUUUUUACUGUGAAAUUUGUGUGUGAAGUGAAUCACGAGUCAAUUGUGGUGAUUUACUUCCUUUAAUGACUCGUUCAGAACCACAACAGAAAGCUAACAGCAAACAAGCACACUUCCUGUAUUGCUGGUCAAUAACAGGGCUUGUGAUCACACGCAUGGACGUAAUUUUUUCCAAAGUCAAGUUUUCACCCCUGCACUUUUUACCAUGCAAAAACAAUAUUACGCUAUAUUAAAUUAACACUGGUUGAGCUCUAGGACCAAGCAGAAAACAACCGUUUGUGUUGAAGCCUGUUUCCCAUUAGAACAUACAAGAUAUCCCCCCCCCCCAUCCCCCCCACUUCUAAAGUGAAAAUUACAUCCAUGAUCACACGUGAUUACGCAUAGCAUUCUGGGAUGUGCGCGGGCACGUUGGAAGGUUGAUGAGUGAAACACACCGUGAAACAAGCAGUACUGUCGCAGAGAAGAAGUGGAUUUUGGCGAAAGAAAGUGUUAAACAACAUUAUGAAAUCCCAAAAAGGAUGUAGAAUAUACUUAGGGAUGGGUACCUUUGACAUUUGAAUCGAUCCGGUACUAAUUCCCGGUACCUACGAAUCGAUACCGGUACUUAACGGUACCAAUUUUCGAUACUUUUGAGUGUUUAUUAUUUUAAAUCUCUUUUAUAAUUAAAUAUUUUUUCAAUAUAUAACAAUAUUUGAUGAAUAUCACGAUAAAUAACAUUCAACUGUUUGCAUUUUAACAUCGUCCUUGUAGUUUUAUAAGCUGAUGAUUAAACUGAAGCAAACAUCUUUACUGUGAACUAAAUUUACUGUGUAUCUUCAUUGCUUUUGCCGUCUUUUUUCAUUUGAUUUUUCCUACUGGGAAGUUAGAAUUUCCGAGGAGAAAGCGAACGCACCAUUAGCUGAUAACAAUGGUAGCAAUGGAAGCUAACAUACCAAGCUAACGUUAUCUUAAACAGUUUAUUUAGCUGCUGGAGCAGAUUAAAACGACGAUGCCUCACACUUAGAUCGUUGUCACUGGUUUCAUCUUCACCCGUCACAUUUAGUAAAGUGAAGCCAAACUUUAGAGCGCGUUCAUGUUCUUCUAGUCGGGAAUUCGGAGUUCCGAGGAGAAAGCGAACGCACCAUUAGCAAAACGGAAGCUAACAUAUCAAGCUAAUAAUAUUUUCCUACCGGAGAAGAUUAAGAUGAGGAUGUCUCACUUAGAUCGUUGUCGCUGGUUUCAUCAUCACCCAGUUACCCAUCACAUUUAGUGAAGUGGACCCAAGCUUUAGCCUGCGUUCUUUCUGCCAUGCUGCUCUGUUUACAACUGGUUCGCAGCGAGCGACAACAUAACGCUCUUGCGCAUGCGCAGCUGUCUUGGCAAGUUCUCGUUAUGAUGGACGGGUACCGAAACGAGGCACCGUUUGAAAUGACGUGAAUCGGUGCUCAGUCGGUACUAUGGAAUUCGGUCGGUACCUUAAAAAGUACCGAAUUCGGUACCCAUCCCUAUACAGGAUAGGUUAAAUAAAGACGUUGAGGACCGGUAUGUGGACAAAAUCAGCAUUAAAAAUGGUUUUGAUCCACAUGAGACAAAAGACCGGAGCACCGAUGACGUGUUUUUGCCGCCGCAAAUCUGCAUAACGAACAUUUUCUGCUUUCUUGUUUGUACUGUAAAACCACUCUUGUCUGUAGUUUUGUAUUGUCUACCAGGCUCUUACUCUGAGUUUUUGGGUCAGAUCUCUGAUUUUGUGUCUGAUUUGGUGCUAAAUACUGAUAAGGUCAUUGUAGUGGGGGAUUUUAACAUUCGUGUGGACAUUGAAAAUGAUUGCCUCAAUGUUGACUCAAUUGGUUUUACCCAAAUAAUACAUAGCUCUACCCACUCCUGCCAUCAUACAUUAGACCUUGUGCUGACUUAUGGCAUAGAGUGUGAGGAAAUAACAAUAUUUCCACAUAAUCCAGUCCUCUCUGACCAACUUUUGAUAACCUUUGAGUUCUUUAUAACAAAGUUCUUGAGACAUAAAAGUAAAUUUCACUAUAGCCGGUCUCUAUCUGACAACGCUGUUGCAUCUUUUAAAUCAACUGUUCCAUCUUUACUAUCUUCAGCAUCUCAGAGGAACGUAGUAGAGGACAAUAUUUUUAUUUCUAGCCCUUCACAAAUUGAUGCUUUAGUUCAUAAUGUUACUUCCUCUUUACGUGUGGCAUUAGAUGAUGUUGCCCCUUUAAAAAAGAAGGUAAUUAGGGACAAGAAGUUGGCUCCCUGGUUUAUUUCUCAUUUAUGAACUUUAAAACAAAACUCUAGAAAAUUGGAGACAACAUGGCGCUCUACACACCAGGAGGAGUCCUACUUAUCCUGGAAAAAUAGUCUCGUGCUUUAUAAAAAUAAGCUUCAACAGGCUAGAACUGCUUAUUUUUCAUCACUAAUUGAAGAGAAUAAGAAUAAUCCAAAAUGUAUUUUCAGUACAGUUGCCAAACUUACACAGAAUCGUCCUCGUUGUCGUCGUUGUCUUCCUCCGCUUAUCCGGGUCCGGGUCGCGGGGGCAGCAUCCCAACUAGGGAGUUCCAGACUGUCCUCUCCCCGGCCUUCUCCACCAGCUCCUCCGGCAGGACCCCGAGGCGUUCCCGGACCAGAUUGGAGAUGUAACCUCUCCAACGUGUCCUGGGUCGACCCGGGACAUGCCCGAAACACCUCCCCAGGGAGGCGUCCAGGAGGCAUCCUGACCAGAUGCCCAAACCACCUCAACUGGCUCCUUUCGAUCCGGAGGAGCAGCGGUUCUACUCCGAGUCCCUCCCGAAUGUCUGAGCUCCUCACCCUAUCUCUAAGGCUGAGCCCGGCCACCCUACGGAGGAAACUCAUUUCGACCGCCUUUAUCCGCGAUCUUGUACUUUCGGUCAUUACCCAAAGCUCAUGACCAUAGGUGAGGAUUGGGACGUAGAUCGACCGGUAAAUCGAGAGCCUGGCUUUCUGGCUCAGCUCCCUCUUCACCACGACAGAUCGGCUCAGCGUUCGCAUCACUGCAGAUGCCGAACCAAUCCGCCUGUCGAUCUCCCGAUCCCUCCUACCCUCACUCGUGAACAAGACCCCGAGAUACUUAAACUCCUCCACUUAAGGUAGGGCCUCUCUCCUGACCCGGAUUUGGCAAGCCACCCUUUUCCGGUCGAGAACCAUGGUCUCAGAUUUGGAGGUGCUGAUCCUCAUCCCAGCCGCUUUACACUCGGCCGUGAACCUACCCAGCAAGAGCUGAAGGUCAGAGCUGGAUGAAGCUAGGAGGACCACAUCAUCCGCAAAAAGCAGAGACGAGAUUCUCCUGCCACCAAACUCGACACACUCCACACCACGGCUGCGCCUAGAAAUUCUGUCCAUAAAGGUAAUGAACAGAACCGGUGACAAAGGGCAGCCCUGGCAGAGUCCAACCCUCAGCGGGAACAGGUCCGACUUACUACCGGCUAUGCGGGCCAAACUCACGCUCCUCUGGUAAAGGGACUGAAUGGCCCUUAACAGAAACCACCCACCCCAUACUCCUGGAGCGUCCCCCACAGGGUGCCCCUGGGGACACGGCCAUAAGCCUACUCCAAAUCCACAAAACACGUGUGGAUUGGUUGGGCAAACUCCCAUGCCCCGUCCAUCUCCCUUGCAAGGGUAUAGAGCUGGUUCACAGUUCUACGGCCAGGAUGAAAACCACAUUGCUCCUCCUCAAUCUGAGAUUCAAUUAUCGAUCGGACCCUCCUCUCCAGUACCUUGGAGUAGACCUUUCCAGGGAGGCUGAGGAGUGUGAUCCCCCUAUAGUUGGAACACACCCUCAGGUCACCCUUCUUAAAGAUGAGGACCACCACCCCGGUCUGCCCCUCCACAGGAACUGCCCCCGAUGACCACGCAAUGUUGCAGAGACGUGUCAACCAUGACAGCCCUACAACAUCCAUAGCCUAUUCCCUUAGCCCUCAACAGUAAUGACUUUAUGGGAUUUUUCACAAGUAAAAUUAAUUCUAUUAGAAACAAAAUCAUUAGCAUCCUCCCUAAUGCGUUUUCUUCUUCCUCAGUAAGUGAGGCAGCAUCUGAGGUAACUGUAGAAUCUUAUCUGUGUUUGAACCGUUUUGAUCCAGUUGAGCUUUCAGAGUUAUCAAAAAUAUUAGCUUCAUCUAAACCUUCAACUUGCAUUUUAGAUCAAAUCCCAAUCAAAUUAUUUAAAGAUGCAUUUCCUUUGUUUACUGCCCCCAUUCUAGAUAUAAUCCAUUAAUCCUUAGUAAAUAGAUACGUACCACAGGAUUUUAAGGUUGCUGAAAUCAAACCUUUACUUAAGAAGCCUUCUCUAGAUCCAAAUGACCCAAAGAAUUAUAGACCAACAUCUAACCUUCAAUUUUUAUCCAAAGUCUUUGAGAAAAUAGUGGCCAUCCAAGUAUGUGAGCAUUUAAACACUAAUGAUCUGUUUGAGGAAUUUCAGUCUGAUUUUAGAGAGUAUAGAGCUCCGGACCCCACGUGACUCUCAGUUAGUAGACGCCAUAUUGGCAGGUAAAAGAAGCUAAACAAACACGGAUCGUAAACAUGAACGUGAACGGGAUCGGCUUGGAUUUUACUUUGUCGGAGUUUACUUCACACUUUAAAACCGAAGAAAUCACUUUAUAUAGUCAGAAAUUAAAUAGACUAAACAUCUCCGACCCUUACCUUGCCCCUGGGAUACUUUUUAAAAAUGCCAGAAGCUGUCGAAGCAGACUUCUUACCGGACCUGGCCAGGGAACUCCUUGGGAUUUACCCGGAGGAGCUGGCUCAGGUGGCUGGGGAGAGGGAAGUCUGGGCCUCUCGACGCUACUGCCCCCACAAAACGAUUCCGGAUACGCGGGUGAAAAUGGAUGGACAAAUAACAGAGUAAGUAGUUUAAAAAGAGUGCUGUGCUGUUUGAAUGUAUAAACUGAACGCCAAGAGAAAUCACUAGUUUGAUUGUUUUCCGUGAAAAAAAUAAGUCAGGCAGGAGCGUCUCAGGAUUUGUCUGAGAUCUGUCUCGGUGAGACAGAUAAUAGCAAUCCAAAGUGCUUUUUAUGUGUGAUCUGACAAUUGAUCAACCAUUGCUUAAAAAUUAAAUACAGCUUAGCCGGUUAAUUGCUGUGAUCAUAAAACACGUAAACGGCAGCACGCAGAACUCACGAGGCAACGUUUUACGUGAUGUUUACUUGUUACUAUGAGUAAUAAGACAGAAAAAGCCAUGCCAAAAUAAGUUUAGGAAGCUCACUAACAAUUAUAAUAAAAGCAUUUAAAAUAAAUACCAUACACAGUUGAGGAAACGUUGGUUUAAGAACCUGAUAUGAAGCGGUCGCUGCAUAAGCGAAAACUUUUACUCUCGGGAUACCACAGUUUCAUUUAAGCCCGGUCACUAGCGCAUUUUAUUACAAUCAUCCAACAUUUGCGGCGCUCCGGAUCUUGGGGAAUCCUGUAGAUGGCUCAUUCCUUAUGUCGUCCGUGUCUGUUCUGCAUCCUGGGGCACAACAGGAAUCUACCAUAUUUCCUGUCUGAUUGAGUUUUCUGACAAUAACAAAUAGUCCAGCUGCCGGCUUCUACCUGCCAAUAUGGCGCCAUUUCGAUUUAAACUGUUGCAUGCCGGGAGAAGUGACGUCAACUCCCGGAGCUCUAUUACAGCACUGAAACUGCGUUAGUGAAAGUUACAAAUGAUAUUCUCAUGGCAUCAGAUAAGAAUCUUGUGUCUGUUCUAGUCUUGUUAGAUCUCAGUGCUGCUUUUGACACAGUUGAUCACAAUGUUCUUUUAGAAAGACUUGAACAUGUUGUAGGGAUCAAAGGAACAGUGCUAGGCGGUUUAAAUCCUUCCUGUCUGACAGAUAUAAUUUUGUAAACGUACAUGACAAAUCUUCUUCAAACUCCAGGGUUACUUGUGGAGUGCCACAGGGUUCGGUGCUUGGACCAAUUCUUUUUAACUAUAUAUGCUCCCAAUUGUUAAAAUAAUUAGACAGCAUGAGAUAAACUUCCACUGUUAUGCUGACGAUACUCAGUUAUAUCUUUCCAUUAACCCUGAUUAACCUAAUCGGUUAGGUAGAUUACAGGCUUGUCUUGAAGACAUAAAAAAUUGGAUGACUCAAAACUUUUUGCUUUUAAAUCAAGACAAGACUGAAGUUCUCAUCAUUGGACCUGAAAUUCAGAAAAGGAAAUUGCUUAGUCAAUCACCUGACCUGAAUGGCAUUAAAUUAGUCUCCGAGAACAAAGUAAGGAACCUUGGUGUUAUCUUGUCAUCUAGAAUCUUCUGGCACUGAUCUGUAAGUGACAACAGCCAUAAAACUCAUGGAACGGGAGUGAGAGAGUGAUUUUAUUGCUUAGGAAAAUGGGCUGCAGUAACCAAAUGUGACCACAGGAUGCCAUUCUUACAUAUUGCGCCUUUAAUGUGAGAAUAAACAGUUAUUAUCAAGAUACAAACAAUUUUUAUUCUAAACACAAAUAAAAUGGGCAUUGGUUACAAUUAAUGCCAUGUCUGAAAUUUAAAGUAUUUUCAGAAAUUGUAAAAGGUCUAAAUAAUUCCACAUCUACACUCAAUAAACCCAAAAAAGGGUAGUUUUAGCAGCGAUCCAUUUCUUUGCAACAGUCUUUUUAUUUUCCAAAUUCAAGCACUUUUCAAAACGAGUUCAUUGAAAUCAAAUUCCAGCCUUCUAAUUUUAGAGAUGCAGUCUGAAACGACCAAAAGUUAUGAUAAAACUUAUAAUGCAAGUUUUUUUUAUCAUCUAAGAAACUGAGCGAUGUGCUUUCCUUAUUUGUGGCACUUAUUGAUUGCCUGCAGGCAUAUUCCUUUGCAAGAAUAAUCAGAUUACUGGUCUGUGAUGAUGAUUUGUUUUUCCACCAUAACACAAAUUAAGACAAUCUCAUUAGUAAUUUAGAACACAAUUUUUCUACAUCCUUUCUGUUGCGUUGUGUUAUUGUUUCCCUACGACACACAUCACCUCAGGGCACCCUGGAGUCACAUUCCAAAGCCUCGCAUAUGUAAAACACAGUUUUCCUCUUCAGAUCUCACUUAUUUUAAUUUUCACAUGCAGAGAAGCGUAUAAUGUGUCAUCGUGAAUUCAUACUCCCUUGAGAAUGAACACCUACGUGCAGAAUAUGUGAAAGCUCAAUGAGUGAAUCAUUCUAGAAUCGUUCAUGCUUAUUUUUAUCCUAACUAAAACAUAAAACGUGGCCAGAGAAACCAGAGAGCCUGUGGCAUUUUAACAUCUUUUUUUAUUGUAGAUCUGGAAAGCUGCUUCAAAUCAGAUUAUGUGUCUCAUGAGGCCAAAAUGCUUGGGUGACUAAGUCAGAGCCUAAGGGUGGAGAGGUGUGAGAUAAAAACCUGGUGCAAUUUGGGUUCACCUCUUUUAGGGAUUUAAAAGAAAAUAGGAUAAAUCAAAGAGCAGCAUUCUCGGGUGCAUGCAUGCUGUAAUAAAUAUGCACUCGGUGCAACCGCACUCUGCAGCAAUGUCUUUAUUGCUAUAAUUUACAGCUUUUUUGCACAAAAUUGCAUGAAUGUAUGGAUGUUUUUGACUAUGAUUAACAAGACUAAAAUUUUCUUGUUAUUGUUUAAAAAUAAAAAAAGGAAAUUGACUAAAAACAAAAUAAUUGUACAUGUUUUAUGGCAUAUCUUUCAAGUUUUUCAUUGAUAAUUCCUAAUUCUAUUUUUGCAAUGAAUCUAUAAAUUAUUUUUGCCAAACUUAGACCACCAGAAGGCUUUCCUGUGGUAAUCCAUGCAUGGAGAACACGUCUAGCUGCACAGCCAAGGUUUUCCAAGUCUUCAGACCUCAGCCUCUGGUUCACUGCUUCUGCCUAAUAAAAUAGUAAAUGGAGGAAGCAGCUGCCUGAAAAUGCUUUGCCGUCUUCUAACAGCCUCAUCAUGGUUUGGGGUUGCUGGUCAUUGACAUUUCAAAGAUGUUGAGCAGAUGGGAGCCACUGACUGCUGAUUAUCGGGAUGAAGAUGAGGCAGAGUCUUUAUAGCGCUUUGAUAAACACCAGGGCAUGAGAUGGUGGUAAAAAGUGAACCGAGAGCAAACAUUUCCUGGAAUGACUUCAUGUGGCUUUGGUGGACCAGAGCUUCACCUGCUGCAGAAUUGCUCGUGGGGUGUUGGGAGGUUGGUUGUCCAGUUUACAAGCAAAGAUUCUGGGUCAGUCUUGGUUCUGGUUGGGUCCUGCCCUUUGUCUCCGAUCCGUUUUGUGGUUUUUAAGGACGGUAUCUCAUGGUGCUGUCAUGGAAAAGCGUUUUUGGUUUGUGAAUGUCAGGGUCAGAUGAUGUGGUUCUGCUGGUGUCUUCUCGCCAUGACCUUCUGCGUGCACUGGGAUGGGUCAUGGCUGAGGGUGAUGCAGCCAAGAUCAGUCUUGUUUCUGCAAGUCUGAGGCUAUGAUACUUUACCGGGACAAGUGGGAUGCUCCCUUCGGGUUGGAGUCGGUCUCUGGCUCAAGUGAGUGUCUAUCUCUAAACUGAUGAAUUGGGGCAUUAUCUGCAGAAAUUGGGGCAUUUCUGUAGUAGAGGAAAUAGCUGUAAUUAUGCUCUGUCUACGUUCCAACCAAGCCCCCACAAUGCGGGACAGAAAUUGAGGCCAAGGCAGAAAUAAAAUAAAUUGCAGUUCCACCCUCAUCCGCUGGGGGCUGGCGUCAGAAACAAACCAUUCCUCAUUGACUCCCAUGUUAAAAAUACCAAUUUCACAGCAGAAAUAAACAUGUUUACAGCCUGGUACCAAAACAUGUUUUUGGUUUAAAUUAUCUAGUUUACACUCAUGACAACUCUGAGGGGGGUGAAUUUUUUUCUCACUCUUCUGUUUAAGUGUAUUAAAAGCCUAAAAUUCUGGAUAAUUAAUGAGCAUCAGAGCCACGUGACCACAGAGCUAGCUCGUGGA